AUGGAGCCUGGACUGGAGCCCAACACCACGCUCACCACCACAUUCACAGCCACCUCUGAGCAACUGCUUCGCCUCGGCUUUGCCAUGAUCUGCGGUCUCAUCCUGCUGGUGGGGCUGCUGGUCAAUGGGCUCAUGCUGCUGGUGCUGGGCCGGGGUCCCGUGGCCCUCCGCCCUCUCCUUGCUCUGACCAACAGCCUCAUGGUGAACAUCACGCUGUCUGACCUGCUCUUCCUGUUCUGCGUGGUGCCUGUGCUGUUGCUGAGCUUCCUACGACGAGACUGGUGGCUGGGUCCCACCAUCUGCACCACUAGCCAGGCCGCCAACACAGCCACCAUGUUCUGUACCUUCUACAGCAUGGUGGCCACGGCUCUCCUGCGCCACCUGGCUGUGUCCCGGCCUGACGUGGCCCUUCCAGCUGGUUGGGGCCCCCGGCUGCUGCUCUGUGGGACCAUGUGGGUCCUGGGCAUCACUACAUCACUGCCCAAUUGGCUGUUCCAGCAGGUGGUAGUGGAGGAGGAGGUAGUGGGAGGCCCUGAGGACCGGAUCUGCCUCUUGCUCCUGAGCCCUGCUCGGACCUCUUGCUACUUCACCCUUCUGGGAGCCCUGGCCUUCCUGCCCUGUGUACUGGGGCUGAGCUGCUCUUUCAGCCACGUAGGCUGGCUCAUGUGGACACAGCCCCACGGGCCCGUUGGAGAGAGCAUCCGGGAGCAUCAAGAGAACACAGGACUCAUCCUCGUGGUGCUUGUGGUCUUCAUACUGAUGUGGGGGCCCUGCUCCGUGCUGGGCUAUGUGGCAGCUGUGGGCGGCCUGCCUGACACAAAGGGGACUUUUGUGGCCUCCAGCCUCUGUACCAUCCUGGCCUACUCCAAUUGUGCCGUUAGUCCCAUCCUCUGCUUCUACCUCUCUCGCCCUUUUCGGGCAGGGCUCAGAAACCUCUUCUGCAGGCCGCUGGUAGCCAGGCAUCACCAGGGCACCAAAGGUGAGGCAAACCUUCCUCCCGAACUGUGA